AUGUCUAUAAUAUCCGCCCAAUACUUCGUCAAACAGAGCCUCUUCCGGAACCACUACACAGUGACGCUCGCCGGCGAUAGACACCUCUACCAUGUCCAGAACUCCAAGCUCACACCGGGCAAGCCCGAUUUAGCCUUCCACAAAAGUACCGAUGCCAACGGGCCCAUCGCGGGGAUUGUCAAAUUCCGACACUUCUCCAACGAUGCAGAGAUCGGCCUUGGCGACCCAAAACACGGAGCCAAGCAAGUUUUGCACAGAGAGGGAUUUCUUAAGAAAGCCCAUUGGUUCCGUGUGGCGCUUAAAGACGGUGCUCAGACUUUCACUUGGAAACGCACCCACUCUCUUGGCCGUGGGUCUGAAUGCUAUAAACUGGUGGAAGGGAGUAGUCAGGCUGUUGUGGCCAUUUUCUCUGCAGGUUCUUUAAUGAAGCGGAACGGGAAUCUUGAGAUUUAUGCACCGUUGGGUGAGGAGUUUUAUAUGAUGUGCGAUGAGACCCGGCCCUCAUGUUCCAAUUGCGCCAAGCGCCACGCAGAAUGUGAAUAUGAGUCGUCAACCUCUCUUCUCUGGGCAAAUGAAGAAGCCUCACGCUCUCGCGCCUCCGGGUCAGAAAGUGGCCAUCAGGAACUGGGGACAUCCCCCACCUCAACAGGAACCGACUCACUCGGCCUCCUCAGCCAUCUCAGCAAUGCAUCAUCAAUCCCCAGCCCAGCGCUGAACAUCCACGAUCUAGAGCUGAUGAUGCAGUGGUGCAACACAACAUACCACACGCUCUCCCGCAACGAGCACACCGAUCCUGUCUGGCGCAACAUCGUCCCAGAAGAGGCUCUCUCCCACCCUUUUCUAAUGCACGGCAUUCUCGCCGUCUCAGCUCUCCACCUCGCCAGGACAGGGCCGGACCAAUCCAAUCGAGCCUCGUAUCUCAACCGCGCAGUAGCCCACCAGAAUCAAGCGCUAGCACUGUUCCGCGAGCUCCUAGGCGAUGUCAACGAAAACAAUGCGAAAGCGAUGUUCGCCUUCGCUGGCAUAGUCGUCAUCUAUACGUUCGGGUUCCCGCAUACACCUGACGCACAAGAUGCAUGGGCCUGCGUCGACGAUCUAUACCAAGUUCUCAUCCUAACCCGGGGCGUGCAACAGGUUAUCUACGCGCCACGCGAUUAUAGGGAUUUCCUCCGAGACAGUAAUUUUGGACCCAUUCUGCAGGUGGAUGAAGUCCGCGGCGUAAUUCCCGAUGAAGCGAAUACGGCGUUGCGCAGACUAUACGAAGCCAAUGAUGCCUGUGCGGGUGCCGAUCAGGAGGUUUACCGGUUGGCCAUUGAGAAUCUCGAGGAGAUGCUUAGUUGGGUUUAUGGCGGGAUAAGGGCCAAUACGAUUGCCGGGCGCUGGGCGAUCCGCUUGCCGGGGAGAUUUAUGGAAUGUUUACGCGAGCGAGAACCCUUGGCUCUCGUCAUGUUGGCGCAUUAUGGCGUGCUUUUGACUUAUUUGCAGCAUCGUUGGUGUUUUGAUGAAUGGUGUGUGAGAGUUGCUAAGGCUGUGUGGGCGAUUUUGGAUGACCAGUGGAGACCGCUGGUGCUUUGGGCUAUGAAGGAGACUCUUGGUGUUGAUUUUCUCGAGCGGCUUUGA